UUCCCUAUUCACCAAUUCUAACAGACAUUUAUUUUUUGAUGUCUUUCUCUGCCGCCCAAACAAAGAAAAGAACCAAACAAACCUGAUUCUCUUAGAAUAGCAAGUUCCUUCAACAUAUCAUCACAAGUAGUGCAUGCUCAACUAUAACUAUUGCAUAACAUUUUCAACUCUCUCUGUCCAUUCUCAUUAUUCAACAAUAUCUUUCUAUUAAUAUGUUCUAUACAUUUGCAUCUGUAUUAAAUAUAUGGCAGUGGAAGAAGGUUUAAUUAAUUAUUGUGAAUGUUAGGGAAGAAGUGAAGGUGUGGUGAUCGAUGGGUGUUCCACAACCUCCACCUCCCUCUCAACAUCUCUAUCCACAAGAAAUUCAGCUUAAACUUUACCAAGCCUUCAUAUUCUCAAUUCCCAUACUCUUUUCCAUCAUUUUGGUUCUUUUGUUUUACUUGUUCUACCUCAAAAGGAGGGCUUCCUCUCUCUCAUCACCACCUCUCCACAUACUUCCCAGUACUUCUACUGAUCCACAAACUGCAUAUCCUUAUUCUACACAACCUUGCCGUUUAGAUCUGACAGUGCAAUUUCUGGACAAACUUCCUAGAAUUUUAUUUGAUGAGGAUUUAAGAACAAGAGAUUCAGUAUGUUGUGUUUGCCUAGGAGAAUUUGAGCUGAAUGAAGAGUUGCUACAGAUUCCUUAUUGCAACCAUGUGUUUCAUAUAAGCUGCAUAUGUAACUGGCUGCAAUCAAACUCCACGUGUCCACUUUGUAGAUGCUCCAUCAUUCCCUCUUCCAAGUUCCUUAAUCCAGCACCACCUAUUAUUAUAUCAGACCCACCACAGCAAGGUGGAAUUUCAGGCUCUUCAUCACACAUCAUGUCAUUGCCUCAUCAACAAGAAGAAGAAGUUGGUGCUUCCACAAAUACUACCAUUUUUCAAGGGAAUGAUGUAUAAUGUAUUAAUAAGAUAAUAAUACCUUUUGAAUUGUAGGGGGAGGCAUUCAACUGGUCCUCAUGGGUCUAGAGUUCUGUAUAUUCAAAACCAAUAAUGUAUGAAAUAAAAUGUGUCCUUUCUUUAUCUA